AUGGAAGUCCCUCGCUGUCUGAUGUUCCUCCUGGUUCUCUUCGCCGCCGUGAAUGCAGGCCAUGGGGGACACGGCCGACCUCGCGCGGCACUGAUCGCCCUCGCCAGCGACAACGACAUCGACGGCAUGGCACGCUGGCAUGCUGGCCUUUUCGCCCGCGAGAGUCGCCUCAAGUUCUACGACUUCUUCUGGAAGGUCCAAGCCGGUUCUCGUUAUACCUUUGACUUCAAGUUUGAUCCUUUCCGUGCCAUGCGCGACAGCAACCGUAUCUAUGGCCGCAGCAAGAUGGAUCUUGGCGACGUCGACGCCUCAAAGAGCCUGUACCAAACGGCGACGCAGUUCAUGAAGGAGAACCCUACCAUCGUCGAACCUACCGCUGACAUCAGUUGGGUCCUGGGUCCGAAGAAAGACGAGCUGGUCAAGCAAUACGCUCUCGAGACACCUGAAAGUACACGUAUCGUCAUGUCUGAGGCUGCAGCCCUGAGACGCCAAGAUGAUCCCGAUUCUCUUGAGCUCGGUUUCCCCCGCAGAAAGCAGCAUCAGGCCCCUUUCCAGAGCGCCAUCCGUGCAGGCGAGCAAACCUGUCCCACGUCUGGCCCCCUCGAGAUGGGCAGCCUGGCCUUCUUCCGCGGACCGUCGUUCUCGCGGUUCUUCGACCAUCUCGACGCCGACGGAACCUUCUACUACAACCAUCUCGGCCGCAGUCCCGUGUCGCCGCUCAGCGCCGCCCUCCUCGCACCAGACGCCCUCUGGCUGCUCGACGAUGACGCCUCCUGCCGCGCCGGCACCACGACCGUCUACGACACCCCGCCACCCGUCGACCCCUCUUACGAGGUGCCGUUUCUGGCGAGCCUCAUCUGCGGUGACCAUUUUGCAUGGACCGCAAGCUACCUGGCCAGCCUAGACGACUAUAGCGUGCUGUGGAGGCAGUACUGGGACCUCCUCGCCAGGGACUUCAACCAGCAGGCUGUCGGCUUCAAGCAGCAUCAGGGAUUCACCCACAAGGGCGACGUCGGCAACAAGGCUCUGACGUUUUUGAACGAGACCCUCUGA